GUGAAAGGCUAUCAUGACGCGAUACUAAGGCGUCUUCAAGCACUCGCAAACCGUGCUAAGCACCAACCUAGCGCACAGAUAUGGAGCCUCUUACGUUGCUAGCUAUAGUUGUUUUCUUUUUGGCGGUAGUAUUCUUCGCGCUGAGGCUGAGGAGACCUCCACCUCUGCCACCUGUAAAGUACCAUCUAGGCGAUAUCACCCUCGAGUCGCUGCGAUUCUACUCGGGAUACGACUGGAGCAAGCCGCCGCUGGUAGCUGUGAGAGGCAAGGUUUACGAUGUCUCGAACAAAUAUGAGCUUUACGGACCAGGCAAACCCCAGAACGCCUUCGCGGGCCGUGAGGUAGCUCGCGCUCUGGCGUUGGGCUCCGACCCCUCCUCUUCCUCGCCCCCGGAUGAGGCGGACUUCACUGCUGACCUGAGCGGCCUCACCGCCGAGCAGCUGGCGCGGCUGGAGGCGGCGGAGCGGGAAUUCGAGCAGACACACGACCUAGUGGGGCAGGUCGUACCGCUACGCGACUUCACUCCCGAGCAGCUGGCGUCCCACGACGGCUCCGACAAGUCGCUGCCGCUGUACCUGUCCAUCCGGGGGGUGGUGUACGACAUCACAAAGGGCAAGGACUACUACGGACCCGAUGGCAUGUACCCCUUUGCCGGCAAGGAGGUGGCUCGCGCCUUCGCGCUCUUCUCCACCGACCUGGCGGAGUGCACCGACAACCUUCAGGGGCUGAGCUACGUGGAGAUGGAGAACCUGCGCGACUGGACCGCGCGCUUCAACGCAAAGUACCCCAUCGUGGGACGGCUGGUCAAGGCAAGCGGCUGAGGAUGGGCGAAUGGGUGGAUAAACAGGAAACAACUAACUGACCGAGGGAUAAGGCGUCAACAUGGGUUGCAACAUGUGAGCCAGCCCGACCCGCCCAGCCCGAAUUAGUUGAGCCAGUACGUGUAUUGGAUUUACCAAAAAAUGAUGGGUGGGUGGAUGGGUGGCUGGAUAGGUGGAUGGGGAGGGAGGGGUAGAGACUGCAUGGACGCGGCGUAGGUGGGGUUGUAUGUAAGGAGUGUAGAGGUCGGGCGGGUGUGCUUGGGAGGGUUGGCUGUGCAGGAGCAUGUUGUGCAGGAGUUGUGCCGGGAGAGCGAGAGAGGGGGAGAGCGAUACCGGGUGUGCACAGGAGCAGGAUGUGAGGCUGUUUGUUGGGACGUACAACAGUAUGUACGGCAGUACGUCUUGUGUGCAUGAUGAUGCAGGCUCUUGUGGCUAUUGUGGUUGACUAUCGGUACUUCUUCUUUUUCUUCUUCUUGAUAUGUUGUGAUGUGCCCUUUUUUGUAGGGCCUGUAACUGGACACCGCACCCUCGUCUUGCUAAGUGUCGUGUGCACCGCAGGGGUUGCAUACCGUAGUUGGAGGUUGGGACAACGGGAGUUGCAGACAACCUGGAGCCGCAUGAGCGGCAUGUGCCCCUGUUUCGCCCUUAUUCAUGCGGUUGCAGUGCACCCCACGGAUUGCGGGUGUGGGAAACCGUGGCGCUAGGGCUGGUUGCGGUGUUUGAUGUCGCGGGUGAGUUGAGUACCGGUAAGCUUGUAGUUGUGAUGUUGGCAGGUUGAGUAAUAUUGCUUGCCUUGUUGCAAAGAAGCUUGUCUGGGUGGUGCCGUUUGGUGUUGAGUAGACGCCAUUUGCUUAGCAGCGAACUUUCCGGGUGUGUUGCUACCGACCCCGCAGGGCUUGGGGUUGCCGAGAAGGAAAGCCUAACUCAGUAAACUCACCCCAUGCUUUAAUGUCACGUUGCCAUUACCU